UCAAGAUUGACUUUGUAUUUCCCCACUAUCUUGAACUGGAAUCCUCUGUUGUGUUGAGUAGUGAGUUUAUCAUAACGAGAAAUGUGAAUUCAUGUGAUCACGAUUCUCCGUUUGAGUUCAUAUCUGGAAUUGCAGUAUUUGUGCACCGAGAUUGAAGAAGUGCUUUAGUACAUAUGUUUUUGAUUUCCGUGUUGUGUGACAUCGAUGUUAAUUUAUCUUCCGGUGACUAUUAUAAUAGAUGAAAGAGUGAUAUAUUCUGUUCAAGUUCGUGCAUUGUCUCCUAAGGAAUUACUACUAAUGAACUUCGGAGUACAUGGAGACAGAAACUAGAGAUUGCACAGCACCUAUAAGCCAUGCAUUCAAUAUGGGUUGGCAUAAUGCUGAUGAUACUCCACAUCUCGAGCCAUACGCAAGCUUCAGUAGACGAUAUCUGUAAAAGGACGGAGAAAUGCAACUGCAUAAACGUUAUAUCUUCAGGAAACCUCGAGUUCCAAUGUCCUCCAUCAAGUUAUGCAGACAAUAAAAUCAUAAUCCAUGUUUAUGGUCCUUCGAAAAAGAUGAGAAUAGAUUGUGAUCACAUUCGAGUUUUCAACCAAAGCAUAUUGCCAGAAGCAAAUUUCAGUUUGGUGAAGAAACUAGAAUUUCAAGAGUGCCCACUUCCUGAAAACGGAUUCGAAACUGUGAUCAAAUCAUUUGGCCUAAACAAUUUAGAAUAUCUCCGUUUUACGGAACAUGCUCUCAAGAAACCGCUAGUCAGUGACGAUUUCAAGGAAUUGAAUAGUUUGAAAUCUUUAGAAUUAAAAAAGAAUAAUAUCACCGUUUUCGAUGGACGUAUCUUCCAAAAUAUUCCCAAACUAUCCGACUUGAUGAUUGACGAGAAUAAACUCGUUUUGGACGAAAACAUAUUCGAAAAAGCCACAAACUUGUUGAUUCUGAGCAUCAAUAGCAAUAAUAUAGACCACAUUCCGAAAAAAACGUUCGAAAAUUUACAUAAAUUGGAAAAAUUAUUUCUCUGGCAGAAUAGUUUAAAAAUUCUAGAGAAAGGAGUCUUCGACAGCUUAAUCAAUCUCAAAAUGCUGGAACUGUCUCUCAAUAAGAUCGAGAUUUUGGAAGAUGGGAUUUUCGAUAAUUCGCAAAAUUUAUUGAAAUUAAGUUUAAGAAGGAAUAAUCUGGGAAAUAUUUCGAGGAGAAUAUUCGAAAAUUGUCGUUCCUUAGAACUGAUUAAUAUUGAUGAAAAUCGGAAUAUCAACUUUGUGGACGAUGUCUUCUCGAAUUUCACACAUUUGAAGAAUGUGAAUUCAGCCUAUAAUGAAUUAGAGGUACUUUCAGAAAGUUUAUUCUGGGGAUCAACGAACAUUGAAAGGAUAACAUUGAACAAUAAUCGAUUGAAAAAAUUACCGAUCAGAAUAUUCCAAAACUUGAAUAAUUUGAGAGUUCUCAAUUUGGAAAGUAACCAACUAGAGAAAAUAGACGCACAAACGUUCAGAGAUUUGGAAAAUCUAGAAUACCUCUAUCUGCAACACAACCAAUUGAAGAAUAUCGAUGAAAAACUUUUGCUAAAUAUGAAAAACUUAAAGGAAAUCAAUCUUAGCUAUAACAAGAUUUUCCGAUUGCCCACACAAUGCCUUUCGAGGAAUAAAAAUUUGGUUAAAUUCAGCAUGAGCCACAAUGAAUUUGAUUUCGAGGAGAUGAAAAGUUUCAGUAGUAAUACGCCGUUUUCAAGUUUUUCCAGCACUAACCUGAAGGAAGUGGAUUUAAGUUACAAUAAUAUCACAAGAUAUCCCUAUAAUCUGAAUGGAAUAGCAACAAUUGAGAAGAUAAAAUUGCAUCACAAUAUGAUUGGGGAGAUUACUCUUGAUUUACUUUCCACCAUGAAUGCUAAGCCUGUCACUAUAGAUCUCAGUUUCAAUAACAUAUCUUUGAUUGAGUUCAUGGAUCUCAAUCAACGUGCAAGAGAUUUUGAUCAUUCUCGUGUGGAUAUCGAAAUAUCCAAUAAUCCAAUCUUCUGUGACUGCAAUGCUUUCAACCUUGCAAGAUAUGUUCAGGACAAAAAACAUCCCUUCAAAGAUUAUUUAGUACUGAACUAUAACGAAAUCGAAUGUGCUGGACCUCGACAUCUGUUUAAACAGUCUCUGGAAGAGGUAUCUUUAAGAGAACUCAUUUGUAAUAUAGACAACAAUUGUACUUCGAAUGAGUUCUGCAACUGUUUAUACCAGUCGUCAGAUAAGACUUUGGUUGUUGAUUGCUCCGGAAGGAGCUUAAGAGAUGUUCCAGAGUUAAGGGACUUGUCCCAUUAUCCCGAGUUCAACGAGAUCGAGGUCCACCUCGAGUAUAAUUUGUUAGAAAGAUGCCCCAACGAAGUUGAUGGUUACCAGAAUACCUCCAGAUGGUAUUUGAAAGGAAAUGCCAUAAGAAAUAUAACCUGGAUUCCAGAGACCCUCAAGGUGUUAGAUCUUGGGGAAAACCACCUAGAAGGCAUCGAUGCACUCACACUGAAAGUGUUGAAUGAAUCAAAACUAAAUAAUAUUCUUCUUGGAAACAAUCCAUGGAGAUGCGACUGUGGAAUAAAGGAUUUUUUAAUAUAUUUGAGAGAUCACAUCGAGCAGAUCGAUUUGUCUAAUAUAACAUGCAACACAACGAAAAACCGCUUAGUGGACUUAAGUGACAGAGAUCUCUGCCCGAUAGAAGCCGAUAUUGUUCUCACCAUCACCGUUUUCGCUCUGUUUUGUUUAUUCAUCAUAACAUCUACUUUGUCCCUAUAUUUCCUCUAUCAAAAGGAAAUCCUAAUUUGGCUCUAUGGACGCGGAUAUUGUCUAUGGCUAGUCAAAGAAGAUGAAUUGGACGAGAAUAAAGUUUAUGAUGCUUUCAUUAGUUUUUCCAGCAAAGAUGAGGACUUUGUCAUAGAAAAUAUAGUGUCGGUUCUAGAAACGGGAGAAGAACCUUAUAAAUUAUGCAUUCACUUCAGGGAUUGGAUUCCUGGUGAAUUGAUCCAAACUCAAAUAAUGAAUUCUGUUAACAAUUCGAGAAGGACAAUUGUUGUCCUUUCAGCAAAUUUUUUAGAGAGCGUUUGGGGUAUCAUAGAAUUCAAAACAGCACAUAAUGAAGCCAUGCGUGAGGGUAGAGCAAGAGUAAUAAUAAUCAUUUAUGGUGACAUUGAUAUGGAAGCACUAGACGAUGACUUGAAAGCAUAUUUGAAAACGAACACGUAUAUAAUGUGGGGUGAUUCGUGGUUCUGGGAUAAAUUGAAGUACGCGCUUCCCAAAAGAGGUGGCCGUAAAGCCAUAUCAAUGAAACAUGCCAAUAUGAUGCAAUACAUUGAAGAUAAAUUCAAAUUGAUAGACAAGCAGACAGUCGAUAGUGUUUCGACUCCUGUCAUACUCACUCCCAAAAGCCUAGAAGAAAAUCCCCUGGCACGUUGACAUAGAUUGAUUUUUACUGUGACGUGAUUUUGACAACGCUAAAUUCGACAUAAUUAUGUCAGAUGAAGUUACUCCAACGAUUUGUCAAAUUGAACGUUUGUUGCCGUGGGACACACAAGCUUUUGUGCAUGUUUUUGGAAAGAAUUUUCUUCCAGAUGUUAGAUUAGAGUGAUUAUACUAAAAUUUUUCAGAAAUGAUAAUAAAAAGUUUUGUGUGCCCCACGGUAACCAACGGUCAGCUGAUUUUGACAAAUCGUUAGAGUACCCUAUACUCCUUGACGAAAAAAAGGGUUUCUUUAGGUUGUAUUCCGCAAAUUCUGACAUACGUAUUUAAUAUUAAGAAAUUCUGAAGAAUUAUUAUCAGAAUGCAACUUCGAGUGAAACAAAAAAAAAGAAUUUAUUACAACCAAAAUUCGAUCUUUAUAAUUCCCAAUAUGCAUAUAAAAAUAUUCAAAUACUUGUUAAAUUAUAUCUAUACAUUGAACUGUGAUAAAAAUAAUUGUGAAGUGGGUAGUUACUAGGUCAGUAAUCAAAAGGAUGUCCAAUGGAGGUCAAAAAGAUAAACGAAAUGAAAAAAGAAAUCAAAAAAUGGAUAUCUUUAGGUGUACAAAAGUUUGUUUAUGUGUGAAUUAAUUUCACUUUUUUAGUAUAAUUCUCACACGAUACUGACAAGCAACCGCAAACCUCGUUCAAAAUCAAUACAUUAUCAUCAAAAUUCGAAUUUUUUCUCUGCACAAGAAGAAUUUGUGCACUGGUUUUCAGGCCUGGAUAUACAUUUUGAAUUUAUUUAAUUGUAUAACCUAUGUUAACUAGGUAUAGUUGAAUAAAAAUAUAUUUUUUUAAUUUUGUGUACUUCUGUUUUUAAAUAUGAAAAAAACAAUAUAUAGUACAUACCACAGAAUAUCAAAAAUUUUUGUAAAUAUGUAAAUUUUGUUUUUUUCCCUGUCCAUCAGAUUUUUUAUGAUGUUUUAAUUGUUAUUAUUCAUAUAUGUAUUAUUGAAGUUUUUGAUAGGAUAAUGAUAAGACUUUUUAUUAUGAAGUAAAGGAUAUUUGAAAAUAAAUGACAUUGAUUUAUAUGAGCCAUAUUAUUUUACAAGAAUAAAUGCUGUGAUUUACAGAAUUCAAAAAA